AUGAUGCGGCCAAAAGAUUUGCGCCAGGGCUCUGGCACUAAAACCUUUUUGGAUGCCAUGCAUGGUGGAAAAGUUCACCUGGCACGCUUCAUCUUGGACGCCUUGGACGGACGCAUUAUCAACUCCAAGACAGAAAACAGCCGCACCCCGCUCAUGUUCGCUGUCUGCUUACAAGACCCAGGAACCAGGGCCAAGUUCACCCGACUACUGCUGGAGAAAGGGGCUGAUGUGAACUGCCAAGACGAGGAUGGCCGCACAGCCCUGAGCCAUGCCUGUGAGAUGGGUCACCUGGAUGUGGUGAAGCUUCUUGUGCAGUUUAACGCUGACCCAGAUUCUUCUGAUGCCUGGGGUAACAGCGCUCUGAUGUACGCUGCCUUUUCUGGGCACAGUCAGGUCCUGGAGUUUUUGGUUCGGGCUUUCAAAAGACUGGGACUGAGGAUGGACAGAACCAAUAAUGCUGGUCACUCUGCCAUUGAGGUGGCCAACUUCUUCGGACACAGCCAAUGUGUGCAGAUUCUGAACUUUUCUUGCAGGAGGAGUGUUUGCACAGAUGAUCCACUCCCCGAUUCCAUUAGUGAUGGAGACAACCGGCUGCCCAACAGGCUCCCCAGGUAUCUCCUGGAGAGGUUCUCAAAGCAGUUAAACAAUAAUGAAGAUCAGUUGCCAGAGGUAUUUCAGAGACAGCUGAAGAUUGGAGACAGCAGCAGGCUUUGGAACCGCUUCAGAUGUCCCAGGAGUCUGUCUCAAGAGGAGAACCAUUCGAACAGCUGGGUCCUGCCUCCUCAGGUAGAGAAAAGCCAGAUUGAGGGGGAUAUUUUCACUGCCAAACAACUGCAAAACUGCCCGCUUAGAGAGCCAAGAGGGGCCAAAACACUGAACUCUCUGCCUGAAUCAAGCCAGAAGGAUGACAGCCGAGACACUGGACUCCAAGAGCAAACAGCAGUGAGUUUUCCUCUCUGGGGUAAAGCAAAGUCAUUUAACCUGGACCUUCUGAACGGCAGAAAGCAGUCCUAUCAGGGUGAUGUGUGCGACAUGAGCCUGUCGGCCAGCAAAUUAAAGAGAGCCUCACUGCAGGAUGAGAGAUGCCUGAUAGACAAGAUUGAAUGUCAAGGAAACACCCGUGGCCUGACAAAUGAUGCUGACAAAACUGUCUUGGUGCCAAAACCUCUUUCAAACAGCAAGAGUCAGCCAGAGGGAGCACUGGAGGAGAGUGUCCAGUCACAGGAAGAAGAGGAGACUAACACGGCUCCAUUAAACAGAAGAGAGCAGCUGAAGAGGGGAAGCUUCGGCCUGAGCAGCAGACACAACAAGCUGCUGUUCGCCAGAGGAGAGAUGGAGUCCGGGAAGAUCUCGAGCCGUGCGCCGGGGUUCAUGGGCCUGGGGACGAGACUGCUGCGUCGGUUCACAGCCCCAGAUUUCAUGAGGAUGGUGAUAGACUGUUCAUCAGGCUCCUCAAACAGCCGAGGGCGGAUGUCCCGCUCUGAGACCUUCCCCUGCUCUCAUACACAUCAGCAGGUGAACAACCAGCCGAGUGUUGACAGCAUCAGCGGAGUGAAAUGUGAGUUUGAAAGCAGCUCGUCUCAGUCGACCCUUGGUUAG